CGUUCCAGAGCGGGGCUAGCGCCGCCGGCGCUUCCCCGGAAGGCCACGCGGAACCUUAGGCGCCACCGCUGCCCUAAACUUGCGGGGGUGGCCCCUUGCCGGUCCCCGUAACUAAGCGGGACAUUUCACUUGGACGAGCAGUUUCUCCCGAACUCCUGCCCACCCUCCGGGGAGCUAGGAGCUCCCAUCAGACAUAGCCAAAAAAAAAAAAAAAAAAAAAAGGAUCUUUGGGGAACCGGCUGUUAACAGUUGCCACCGUGCGCCAGACUCUUGUUCCGCGUAUUUAGACAAGAGCUAUGACUCAAAGAAUCAGAUUCCCGUUUUGCUGUCUGAUCCGGGGUCUCGCGUUUCCACGGCUGCUUCUCUUUGGCGUGACCUGCCCCAGCGUUGUCUGCUGCCUAUUGCUACCUGACCUCGAGGGAAGUGCCCACCUCUUGCUUCUUUCCAGAAACAAGUCGAAACACGAGCUGGGCUAUUGUGAGACAGAAACUAAGUUAGCCUUGUCUCUCGACUUUUGGACUCUGUCCUCUGAGAACCUUUUAGCUGUGUUGCCAGUUGAUCCUGUUAAAGAAAAUUAUGUUCGUAAAGUGAAAAACUGUAUUUUUUCAAUUGCCGUCCCUACUCCUUUGAAAUCAAGAGUACGUCUUGUAGCAGUUUCAAAGGAAGUUCUAGAAGAUAUUUUGGACCUUGAUUUAUCUGUCUCAGAAACAGAUGAUUUUAUCCAGCUUGUGAGUGGUGAAAAGAUAGUAUCUGGAUCCAUUCCAUUGGCUCACAGAUAUGGUGGCCACCAGUUUGGGAUCUGGGCAGGUCAGCUUGGGGAUGGAAGAGCCCAUCUUCUUGGAACUUACAUGAACAGGCAGGGUGAAAAGUGGGAGCUCCAAUUAAAAGGCUCAGGAAAGACCCCAUAUUCCCGAAAUGGUGAUGGCAGAGCUGUACUUCGUUCCUCAGUGAGAGAAUUUUUAUGCAGUGAGGCUAUGCACUCUCUCAGAAUUCCAACCAGCAGAGUUGCAAGUCUGGUUGUAAGUGACGAUGAAGUAUGGAGAGAUCAGUUCUACAAUGGAAACAUUGUGAAAGAACGAGGUGCUGUAGUGCUGCGUGUUGCAAAAUCAUGGUUUAGAAUUGGAUCAUUAGAAAUUUUGGCUCAUUAUGGUGAACUGGAUUUACUAAGGACAUUAUUAGACUUCAUCAUACGGGAGCAUUUCCCCUCAGUAGAGGUCGCAGAACCUAACAGAUAUGUGGAUUUCUUCUCUGUUGUGGUAUCAGAGACAGCACAACUCAUUGCCUUGUGGAUGUCUGUUGGUUUUGCUCAUGGUGUUUGUAAUACUGAUAACUUCAGUUUGUUAUCCAUUACAAUUGACUAUGGUCCAUUUGGUUUUAUGGAAGCCUAUAAUCCAGAUUUUGUCCCAAACACAUCUGAUGAUGAAGGAAGAUAUAAAAUAGGAAAUCAGGCCAAUAUUGGGAUAUUUAAUUUAAACAAGUUAUUGCAAGCUUUAAACCCAAUACUUGAUCCUAGGCAAAGGCAGCUAGCUGCUCAGAUUCUUGAGGGGUAUGCAGUUCUUUAUUAUACAAGAUUUAGAGAAUUGUUCAAAGCCAAAUUAGGAUUACUUGGGGAAACAAAGGGUGAUGAUGAUUUAAUUGCAUUUCUCUUACAUCUCAUGGAAAAGACAGCAGCUGAUUUUACAAUGACAUUUCGGCAGCUCAGCGAGAUAACUCAAAGCGAGUUACAGGAGCGCAACAUUCCCCAGCAAUUCUGGGCGCUGAAUAUGAUUUCAAAGCACAAGCUCUUUUCAGCCUGGGUAUCCCAGUACCUGCUGAGACUGAAGAGUAACAUGAACGAUUCAGAUUCUGAAAGAAGAAAAAGAAUGACAACUGUUAAUCCUAGGUAUGUGCUGAGGAACUGGAUGGCAGAAUCCGCAGUGCGAAAAGCAGAAAGGAAUGAUUUUUCAGAGGUCCAUCUUCUCCAGCGUGUUCUUCGGCAUCCUUUCCAGAAGCAUUCUGCAGCUGAAAAAGCAGGUUACUCCUCACCUACUCCUUCUUGGGCCAAGGACCUCAAAGUUAGCUGCUCAUCUUGAUUUAGGUUAAAGAAAUGAAGGGAUACUUUUGUCAUUGAACUCAACAUAGAAUCAUCCAUUUGAUAAAUUCUUUAAAAAAAUUUUUUUUAAACGUUUUUAUUUAUUUUUGAAGGAGAGAGAGAGAAGCCUGCUUGGGAUUCUGUGUCUCCCUCUCUUUCUGCCCCUCCCCUGCUCGC